AUGCGGUCUCCAAACCCCAGAUGGUCACUUAUCUUGUGUUUUGGCGCUUGUGUGCUGUCAAGCUCUCCGUUCGACUGGCCAGAUGUUUUAGGAGGAGCUUGGCUUUUUGACCAGGGUUCCACGUUCGGCUUCCAGCCGACAGCAGGAGGCAUCCGCGGGCCUGCCCCAGAUUGGGCGUUGGGAGGAACCAUACCUGUUGUCCGCUAUGCCGUAUUCGUGGAAGGGUCACAAGUAGCUUUGGCUGCAGUUUCAUAUCCUGGCUCCAUUGUGCUCAUUGGCAAUGUGACACAUGGUGGAGUGCUUUUAACUGUCAGUGCCCAGCUGACAUUCAAGUCCGUGAACACGUCUGUCGUGAGGAUCGCGGCGCGCAAUCAUGGGCCUCAAGCUGUCAUCGUCAGUUUUAGGGUCACAAUUGAAAACAUAAACGUGACUGAGUUGACAGAUAAUGCGGUCUUCUUCUCUUUGCAGGAAUCCCAACUUUCCUGCUUCCGUGGUCCAGCAUUUGGCGAAGGCGGUCUUUUCCUUUCCACAAGUUAUUUAGAAAACAACGGGCCAAAAAACUUCACCUGGAGUCGCACGAGGAUAAGUGCAGACAGCCUUGUGUUCACAUCUUCGAAUGUGAGCGCUCCACCGCUUGGACUGAUCAGUGCCUUUGUCUCGGUUGAAGCAACAUUGCGGAACUCAUCGCAAGCUGGCACUGCAAUUGACUUGAACGCUGCGGCUGAGGACGCAUUUCGGCGGUGGACAGGUUAUUUAGAAUCUGUGUUGGUUCACUGUGAUAAGCAAGACAUGAAGUGGGCUGCCGUCAAAGCCGUAAUGACACUGAUGAACAACUGGCGAUCUGUGCCUGGUCUUCCAGAUGGCGUCCUUCCUUCCUACAAUGGGUAUGAGAGCGGAUUCUGGUCUUGGGAUACUUACAAGCAAGCUGUUGGCAUGGUCAGCUUUGCUCCGCAGCUUGCUAAGGAUCAACUGCGCUUGCUUGUUUCUGCGAGAGACAAGCAGACAGGCCACAUUCCUGACAAGGUGGAUCGGUGCGGGAACGCAGGUGGCUGUAAUGGCAAGCCGCCUCUGCUGGCAUGGGCAGUGUGGGAAAUUUUCCAGGCAACUCAUGAUACAAUGUUCCUGCAGGAAAUGUACAUCAUCGUGAAGCAAUUUCAUGAAUUCUGGUAUUCAGCACGUGAUGUCAGGGGAGCCGGCUUGUGUUCGUGGACACAGGGAAUGGAAAGUGGCAUGGACGAUGGCGUCAGGUUCAUGCCGCGGUACGCAUCGUCGGUAUCCAACGCCUCCAGCCAUGUCACUACGCUGGACUUUUGGAGCAUUGAUUUGAAUUCGUAUCUUUACAAGGACAAGCUGAUUUUGUUCGCGAUGGCGGCGGUGCUUGGCUUGGCCAGAGAGGCACAGGACUGGAAAGCUGCCGCGGAGCUUUUGCUGCCAAAGUUGCGAGAGACGCUCUUUGAUGAGAGGGCUGGCUUCUUCUCGGACAUGUAUUUCAACGGUUCCGCGCUGCCUGUGCAGGGUUGUGAAGGCUAUGCUGCCCUCUUUGCCGGGGUUGCAUCGUUACCUCAGGCAAGGCGGAUGGCUGACACCCUACAAGAUCCCAAGAAGUUUCUCCUCAACUUCAGCCUUCCAUCAGUUAGCAAAGACAAUCCUUUCUACAAUCCGCAUGGCUAUUGGAAAGGUCCCACAUGGAUAGAUCAAACAUGGUUUGCCUACAGCGGACUGAGAAGUUACGCUUUGGAGUCAAAGCGCCGCGGUGACAUGGAGUCUGAGGCAGUUUUCUCUCGCCUCGCCCUUGAGCUAAAGACUCGACUUUUCAGCAGGGGUCGAGGCUUUUCCUAUCAAGAUCCGACACCCUUUAAUGAGCACUACGACCCCGAGACAGGAGACCCUGAGGGAGCUGAACACUUCAGCUGGACAGCUGCGCAUACCUUGAUGUGGGUCCUAGAAGCGAACGCUCCAGAAGACUGGCAGGUGUGGACAUGA